CCAGGAGAGUUUAAAAAAUACACAUUCCUGGGCCUCACGCUUUUUGGAGAUGGAAUCCUAAAAUGGUUAUUUUGCAGCCUGUUGGCCAAGUCUCCACACCUCUAAAUCAAGUUUUUUUUUUUUUUUUUAAAACCAUAAAGAUAAGAAAAUGAAAUGCCUGAGAAGUGGUAUUGUUAGAGUUUUUAAAGAUGAAUAUGCCUCUUAAAGGGUAAACCAGACUUGAAUACAACAUUGCCAAUUAGACAAACAGCAUCUAUUUUCAAGCAACCAGUAACCAAAGUCACAAAUCAUCCUAGUAAUAAAGUGAAAUCUGAUCCACAACGAAUGAAUGAACAGCCACGUCAGCUUUUCUGGGAGAAGAGGCUACAAGGACUUAGUGCAUCAGAUGUAACAGAACAAAUUAUAAAAACCAUGGAACUCCCUAAAGGUCUUCAAGGGGUUGGUCCGGGUAGUAAUGAUGAGACCCUGUUAUCUGCUGUCGCCAGUGCUUUGCACACAAGCUCUGCACCCAUCACAGGGCAAGUCUCCGCUGCUGUGGAAAAGAACCCUGCUGUCUGGCUUAACACAUCUCAACCCCUCUGCAAGGCUUUCAUUGUCACAGAUGAAGACAUUAGGAAACAGGAAGAGCGAGUGCAGCAGGUACGUAAGAAAUUGGAAGAGGCACUGAUGGCAGACAUCCUGUCCCGGGCUGCUGACGCGGAGGCGAUGGGCCUCGAGAUGGACAGUGGAGAUGACGCCUAAGAUUGGCAUCAGGUAACUUUCGACCGACUUUCCCCGAGAGCAAACUCCUAGAAUUGAGCAAAAACGUUUCCACUGGGUUUUGCCUGUUAAGAAAAAAAAUGUACCUGAGCACAUAGAGCUUUUUAAUAGCACUAACCAAUGCCUUUUUAGAUGUAUUUUUGAUGUAUAUAUCUAUUAUUCAAAAAUGAUGUUUAUUUUGAGUCCCAGGACUUAAAAUUAGUCUUUUUGUAAUAUCAAGCAGGACCCUUAAAACGAAGCUGAGCUUGUGAUGCCAGGUGCAAUCUACUGGAAAUGUAGCACUUCCAAGAAAUACUUGUUCCCCCCCCAAUUUUAAUAUGAACAGAUCAGGAGUACCAAAUAAAUUUCCCAAUGAGCGCUUCUUGUGACUUCACUGUAUAUAAACAGAUUUUUAUACUUUAUUGAAAGAGGACACCUGUACAUUCUUCCAUCAUCACUGUAAAGACAAAUAAAUGAUUAUAUUCACAGA